AUGGAACAGACAAAAGAAGCUCAUGAAGAAUCAAGAGAUGCAUCCGUCACAGCUUCUACGUCAAAGUAUCAUAUGAGAGUAGAUGCUAGCUUAUGCCAAGUUUUGAAAGACAUUAUAUCUAAAAAGAGGAAAUUAGGCAAUUAUGAGGCAGUAGCUCUGACGCAAGAUUGCAAUACUGCUAUUCCUCCAAAUAUGCAGGACCCAAGGAGUUGCACAAUCCCUUGCUCAAUUGGUGGAAUGGCCUUAUGCGAUCUUGGAGCCAGCAUAAAUCUCAUGCCACCAUCCAUUUUUAAAAAGCUGGAAAUCGGAGAACUUACACCCAUUACAGUCACCCUUCAAUUAGCAUAUCGAUCUCUAGUACACCCAAAAAUCAAGCUCGAGCAUGUGCUUGUCAAGGUGGAUGAGUUCAUUCUUCUUGCAGAUUUCAUUAUAUUAGACCAUGAAGCAGAUAAAGAUGUCCCCAUUAUUUUGGGACGACCAUUCCUAUCUAUAGAAAGAACUUAG